AUGCUUGUUCAGGAUGUGAAGUUCUGCUUCAUCGCAGCCAACGUGACAAUCGGAGGACGCACCUACACACAGAUGCAGAAUGUGUCAGAGGAUUCAUGGGGAGAUGUGCCAGAGGGUCUCUCGGAUGAUGACGGUGAGUUGACCACAGGAUUGUCUGGUGGAGUCAUCGCCGGGAUUGCCAUUGCCGGCAUUGUUUUAUUAAGUGUUCUGGUUGCCGCUGUGGUGUAUGUGUUGCAUCAGCGAAGGAAGAACAGAAGGGAGUCACUGGACUCUGGCACACGACCCUCGCCGACGGUGCCACACUCUGUGCAGAGGCAACCAAACCCCCUGACAACUGUUUCUGCCGACACUUCCCCGCCCCCGACUGUUCCUCCGCAAGGCGAUGGUGCUGCCCAGGUGCCUGUUGUUGAACAAUUAGGCAACACAGUGCAGCGUCACGUGGACCCAAUAAAUAUGCAGGAGGUGAGGGGCGGGAAUUCAGUUCCUUCAGAGGAACCACACGAAGGCGGUGCGACAAAUCAAACCGAAAAUAUUACAGCUGCCAAUAACAACGAACACUACAACGUGAUAGCGAACAUGCUGAUGGGCCAAACCACUCCACGAGGUUCAACUCGUGCGAUGAUGGAGUGGAUGGAAAGGGACUUUUCGCAAUAUUUUUACACUGCGCUAAUGAAUCAAGCCCAGGGUGGUAGCGGUACUCGACCAAGAGGUGUGCUUCCUCAAGACAGUAGAAACGAAGAAUAA